CGCCGCUCGGUCAGCAUGGAUGCGUCGGAGAUGCGCCGCGCCAUGGUGCGCGCCGGCCUGCCGGCGCCGGCGGCAGCAGCGGCAGCAGCGGGCCGCGUUGAGCCAGAGGUGCCGCCUGUGCCUAUGCUGCCAGGCUUUCCGCAUGGGGGAAGCCAGACCUCCAUUGACUUGCUGCUGAUGCCGCUGCAUGAGCCCCAAUGGACGCUGGCAUGUCGCUGGAAAGCCUGGCGCGGCGCCUGUCCAACGCGUCGCAGGAGUGGCUUCCGAUGCCGCGGCGCCUGUCCAACGCCUCGUCGACGUCGUCGCUGGGCCAGUCGCCGGCGCGCAUGGCGCGUCCUGCUGGUAUACGCCGCGACAGUCUUGCCACACACCCACCUAUGCCGCUGCCCCGCCUCUGCUGCUGCUGCGGUGGCGACUCUAAGGCCCAGCCUAGCUGGUCCAUCCCGGGCAAGCGCCCUCGCGGCGCGCAGGGCAGUAUUGCCUGCUGCUGAGCAGUCGCGGGCAUCGCAGCUGCUGACGCCGCAGGCCAGUCGCCGCGGCGGUAUUCUCAAGGCUGGCCGGACAAAGCGCGAGGCGCCGACGCGCAUGCAAAUGCUGCCUGAAUCCUCGGUAACACUGGCGGCUGCAGCGAUUUCCGGCAGCACCAACAACAGCGACAUGCGAUUUGCCGAGGGCGAUGCUGCCGCUAUGCCUGCGUCGUCGUGGCAGCCGCCUCGUCGGAUGACUGUAUCGGCCGCAGGUGCCGCGACAGCGACAGGGCUGAUUUCAAAGAAGAGCGUGCGGUUCCCCGAGGAGCGCAGGCUUCUGGAGACCAUCCGCGUAAUCGAUCCCAGCAAAGCAAAGUCCAUCAAGACACGUGCUAUCUCGGAGCCGACUCGCGGCCUGGACCAGCAGCAGCAUGGACAGCAUUAUCUGGGACAGCGCCCCUUCCCGACAACCGAUGAUUUCAGCUGCAGCGACGACAACGACAACGACAGUGUGGUGUCCAGCAGCCUGGCAUCACGUGUGCGAUUCAGUCCGCGGCUCACGCCCCGUGCCGAAGUCACCAGCUCAGAGCCAGAAUCGGAACCCGAGCCAGAGCCAGAGCCAGAGCUGGGACUGGAGUUGGAGUUGGAGUCAGGGACGGAGUCGGACUACCUGCCGCUGGCUGUGUUCCAGCGCCCGCCACUGCCACCGCGCCACUGUUUCAGCCCUGCAGAUGACUGCUUUGGGCUUGCCAUUUGCUCCGCUGGAAACGGCAACUAUAACGACCAGCAGCAGCAAGACCAGAUGCAAGGGUCCGUGAUGGACGGGCUGGACAGCCCGCCGUCGUCACUGAGUCUGAACACACUUGAGGCUGCGUCCCCGCGGAUUGCAGCAGCAGCUGGCGGCUAUCGCCGCUCGAUGUACGUUGGCCCGAAUACUUUUUCCGCACAGUCAUCGCCGCUGACAGGAUCUGCGUCUGCACCUGGGUCUGCCGCUGUGGCCGCUGCCACUUUGACUGCUAGCAGCAAUAUCUCUACGCCCAUGUCUGACGAGUCGCUGCUCUUUGGUUCCGAGUAAAUGGUUGCUAUAAUUGACCAAUAAAAAAUUGUAGUG